AUGGCUGAAGAACAGUUUAAUAAUUAACAGGAGGUGAUACAAAUAGAAGUGCUGUGUAAACAGCUGUACGAGUCACAGGAUCCAAAUAUCCGUGAUCAGGCAGAGAAGGCAGUUGUUGCUUUUCAGGAAUCUCCGGAUACGCUGAGCAAAUGUCAAGCAUUGCUGGAGCGAGCAGACUCCAGCUACUCGCAGUUACUGGCUGCAACCACACUCUCCAAGUUGAUCAGCAGAUCCACCACAAGUCUACAAGUGCAGCAGCGUCUGGACAUCAGAAAUUAUGUACUCAACUACCUCGCCACGCGGCCCAAACUGGCCAAUUUUGUCAUACAGUCGCUGGUGUCUGUGUUCGCGCGGAUCACAAAACUGGGCUGGUUCGAUGUCACCAAAGGGGAGUAUGUGUUCCACAGCGUCAUGAAUGACGUCACCAGCUUCCUGCAGGGUCCUGCGGAUAUGUGCACAGUGGGUGUGCAGCUGCUGUCCCAAUUAGUGGUGGAGAUGAACCAGGUGUCUGAAGCGGAUGCGAACAGGUCCCUGGCCAUGCAUAGAAAGAUUGCCUCCUCGUUUCGUGAUGGGCAGCUGUUCGAAAUCUUCCGGCUGGCCUGCUCUCUGCUGAGCGCGACUCGCGGCAAACAGCUGGAGGUGGAACUGGCAGACGAGAGGCAGCACGCGCUCCUGGCGGCUGUACUCCGACUGGCCCAUAACUGCUUGACUUUCGACUUCAUAGGCACCACCAGUGAUGAGUCAUCAGAUGAUCUAUGCACUGUACAGAUACCAACAUCGUGGCGACCGACCUUCCUAGAACCAGGGACCCUGGAGCUGUUCUUCUCACUGUACCACGCGCUGGGCGGAGGUCUGGCUAGCCUGGCGCUGGCCUGCCUCGUGCAGAUCGCGUCAGUUCGCCGCUCACUGUUCAGUAAUACUGAGCGGGCGAAGUUCCUCAAUCGGCUCGCAGCUGGCGUGCUCAGGAUAUUGGAAAAUACACAGGGCCUGUCCGAUCCAACGAAUUAUCACGAGUUCUGCCGGCUGCUGGCGCGUCUCAAGUCCAACUAUCAGCUCGGCGAACUGGUCAUGGUGGAAAACUACCCCAGGAUGAUCGAGCUCGUCGCCAAGUUCACAGUCCAGAGCUUGCAGAUGUGGCAGUUCGCGCCGAACUCCGUACACUAUCUGCUGUCGCUAUGGCAACGCAUGGUGGCAUCAGUUCCAUACGUGAAGGCCACGGAACCUCAUCUGUUGGAGACGUACGCGCCGGGUGUUACACAGGCGUAUAUCGGAUCCAGACUGGACUCCGUCUCCUGCGUAGUCAGCGAAGGUGUUGAAGAUCCCCUGGACGAGGUGGGCACCGUGCAGCAGCAGCUGGAACAGCUGUCAGUGAUCGGUCGGUGCGAGUACGGCAAGACCUGCCAGCUGCUGGUAGCGCACUUCGACCGGGCAGCGGCUGCGUACAGCGUCGAGCAGCAGCCCCACCAGAUCCUCGUGCUGCAAGGUCAACUGACGUGGCUGGUCUACAUCAUUGGAGCAGCGAUAGGUGGUCGGGCUUCAGCCAACACGAGCGACGACAACGACGCAAUGGACGGCGAGCUGGUCUGCAGGGUGCUGCAGCUGAUGAAUCUCACAGACUCCAGGCUCACCAGGGGUGGGUGUGAGAAACUGGAGCUGGCCAUGAUGUCGUUCUUCGAGCAGUUCCGCAGGAUAUACGUGGGCGAGCAGGUGCAGAAGAACAGCAAGGUGUACCGGCGGCUGAGUGAGGUGCUCGGCCUCAGCGAUGAGAGUCAGCUUCUCAGUGUCCUCAUGAGGAAAAUCAUCACAAAUUUGAAGUACUGGGGUGGCAGCGAACAGAUAAUAGCGAAGACCCUCGGGCUGCUGAGCGACCUGAGUGGAGGCUACUCGUGCGUGAGGAAGCUGGUCAAGCUGGAGGAGACGCAGUUCAUGCUCACACAUCACACGGCGGAACACUUCCCAUUCUUGGGCAUCAGCGGCGUUGGCACAUCGGAGAUGCGGUGCCGGACGAUGCUGUACACUGCGCUCGGGAGGUUGCUGAUGGUGGAACUUGGAGAGGACGAGGAGAGGUUCCAUGCGUUCAUGAUGCCCAUCACAGCGGCCUUCGAGAGCAUCAUCGGGCCGCUGGGUGGCGGGGACAGUGCAGUGUUCGCUUCGGAGGAAGCUCGCAAGACUCUGGUGGGGCUCGCCAGAGAUCUACGAGGGUUGGCGUUCGCCUUCAACACUAAAACUACCUACAUGAUGCUGUUCGACUGGAUCGAGUGCAGAUUGCACUCCAAACCAAAGGAAGGACUAAUGAAGCGGGUGAAAGCCAACUCUGACGAAUAUGUCACUUUGUACAUGAAGGUGCUUCUCCGAGGUAUAGAGGUGUGGUUCGCGGAACCGGCUCUGACCACUCCGGUCCUGAAGUUGACUGCUGAACUGGCUCAGAAUAGAAAUCAGCGGUUACACUUCGACAUCAGCUCGCCCAACGGGAUCCUGCUGUUCAGGGAACUGUCAAACAUCAUAUGCGCUUACGGUAGUCGUAUAUUAACAAUAGAUGUUGCAAAGAAACAAAUCUACGCAAUGAAAUUAAAAGGAAUAUCACUGUGUUUCUCAAUAUUGAAGGCAGCUCUGUGCGGGAACUAUGCUAACUUCGGCGUAUUUAGGUUAUAUGGCGACGAGGCUUUAGACAAUGCAUUGAAUAUGUUCGUUAAAUUGCUACUCAGUAUACCGCACAGUGAUUUACUUGAUUACCCAAAAUUGUCACAAACAUACUACGUACUGUUGGAGAGGCUCGCGCAGGACCAUAUGCCGUUCUUAGCGUCGCUGCAGCCCGACGCCACUCUGUAUAUACUGUCCUCAAUAUCCGAGGGGCUCACGGCUCUUGACACGAGCGUGUGUACAGGAUGCUGCGCCACCCUGGACCAUAUAGUCACAUAUCUAUUUAAGCAAUUAGUGAGAAAAACUAGUAACAAAGUGACGAAUCCUCGCCAACCUCCGCCACAGACCAGCAACAUGUUUAUAGAGGUGCUGCAGCGGCGGCCGGAGAUCAUGCAGCAACUGUUAGCCACGGUAUUGAACGUGAUAAUGUUUGAGGACUGCUGCAACCAGUGGUCGAUGUCGCGGCCGCUCCUCGGGCUCAUCCUCCUUAAUGAGGAGCAGUUUGCGAGGAUACGAGGCGAGAUGAUCGCGCAGCAGCCGCGCGACAAGCAGGCGCAGCUCGCGCAGUGGUUCAACGGACUCAUGGCCGGCAUCGAGCCCAACCUGCUCACCAAGAACAGGGACAGAUUCACACAGAACUUAUCAAUAUUCAGACGCGAUAUCACCGAUCUCAUUCGAGGCGCCUCCGUCAACAUGGGGGGCUCCGUGAACGACAUGAUGACGUCGUAACACCCCGGUCGUCGCACUGGAGACGUCCCCGAGUAUGACGAUGUGUUCGUGAUAUGAAAGCCGUUUUGUAGGUAUACUAGAAGUAAAGUUGUUACACCACUGUUGCAUCCGCUAUAGGCUCUAGACCGAUGCGUAGGCGUUCCCGAGUAUGAAGGCGCGUGACUCGAAUAUCGAAGAACGUUUAUUGUAAGUCAGUUUGAAUGUGGACGAUUGUCUCUGAAUGUCGAUAGUUGAUGUUUUUAAAUUAUAUGAAUAAUAUUUUAAGCGGAUUUACAUUUUCUGUUGUUUUAGAAAUUUAAGAAUAUUUCAGUUUUUUUUUUCUUUAUAUUUUGAAUUUGAUUAUGGAAUGCAUUUUACAAUAAUUUUAUACAGUUUACUGUAGUAGGUCGGUUGCUAACAAUUGAUUUUGAAAAAGAUUGGAAUCGAUAGUUGCAAACCCCAGUCGUAAGGUGAAAACUGAAACUUAUAAUCGCCACACCGAUUACAUUCUGUUUCAAAUGGAUGUUGUUAGAAAGGACUGAUGAAUUAUUAUUUAUAUACAAGCAAUAAGUAGUUUAGAAUUACCUAAAUAGCAUGAACGUUCUCGAGUAUGACGCAUUUGUAGAACAAAUUUAUAGCAAAAUUCGUCCAUGAGUAUGAUGCACUUUUAAAAUUAUUGUCAUCGAUAUGAUGCAUUUUUAGAACAAAAUUUAGAAAGAAUACCGUUCGCGUGUAUGACGAAUACGCUCUUGAUGAUGUUGUGUUAAGUUAGACUGUUUUUUUUUGUCUAUUUCGUUUUUUUCCUGUUGUUAAAUGAACUGUGUGAUGUCUCGGCGAAUGACAUUCCAUAUGUGGACGUGUAAAUUAAUGGAAUUUGUAUGAAGUUGUAUGGAAUUUGUAUGGAGUUGUAUGGAAAAUGUAUGAGAUGCACUCGAUGUGGUACAUACUAUUGUAAUAUGUAAAGUUGUGAAUCGUAGAAUCUUGUACCGAACAGUGCUUGUAUGGUUUACUGUAUGUAUGUAAACAUACACGGUAUUGUCUUAUGGGUGAUAAUGGAAUGGUGCACCCACCUGCGCUAACGGGAUACGCUGGCGGGGCACCAGUGUAGGAUGAUAAGGUGAGCACAAGCCCAAGCCAGUUGGUCCAUCGUGGUGAUUCACCAAGAAUUUAUCACGAUGGUUUCCAUGGGAACCGCGUGGAGGUCUACCUGACAUGGUACAUUGCUAGCAAUGGGGCUAUUAGAAUCAUAUCACUCAUGCGUGGCUAAUGGAAUGGCAACGCAUGAGUGGUGAGAUUGGGUAGUGGACAUGGAAAGUGUAAAAAAUGAAGAUCUCAUACCUGCUUCUUCCGUAGCAGUAUUACAUUGCUGGCAAAUGGGGUUAUUAAUCCACAUUACUGACAAU